AAAUUUUAACUCCUUUUUUUUCGGAUGUUUGUUGCCACUUGACAGUUGAGUUUAUGGCGAAACUUUAUGAAUUUCAGUAGUCACUUCACUAUUAGGGUAUUAUUCUAGCUAGAUUCUAGAUCUAAAUCUAAUUCAGAAAAGAUUAAACUCUUAAUGUUACAACAACAUGAAUAUAUUUUUACUCUAGUCAAGUAUACCUAUAGAGAAAGUCCUCAGUCUCAAAACCUACAAUGAAGCCCCCCUGCAAAGUCAAGAAGCAAAAGUCGGCUCGUUCCUCAAAUUCAGAGAACCUCAUGGGGGUUAGAAAGACCAAGCCAAAAAAGAUUGAAAUUAAAAAGCAUGUUUGGUUUGACCUAAAUGCGACCAUUAUUUUUCCAGAACACAGUGACUACCAAAAGACAGUUGGAGAACAUUUGAAGCAGAAAAAAUCUUCUCUUCGGUGCAAAAGUACCUUAUCAGUAGCUAAAUCUAGCAAGGGCAUAUUAAAGAAAUCAUUCAGCAGUGUGUCUACUCGAUCCAGUUCAGCUGACAAAGAUAAUAACUCCAAUAAAAGUUGCUUUGAUUACUCUGUAUCCAGCCAUGAUGAUAACCCUUUGCAGCCUAACCUUUCCAUGCAGUGUAUAAAGAAGCCAUUAAAGGGCAUCCUGAAAAAUAAAUGUGUCAACUUUCUUGAAAGCAAUAACAGUGUAUCACAUUAUGGCUGCAGAUAUAGCUUAGAAAAAUGUGACGAAAAUUUUGUAUCAGGAGAGAAUGUUUCACCUUGCUCAUCUCAUGGCAUAUGUGAUUCAGUUACUAACUUGCGCUUAAAAUCUCAACCUAUAACCUUUCAGAAUUUGAAGACAAAUGUGGUAGAAAAGGCGAGUUUUGACAGUUUGAUGUCAUCAGUAAGUAGACUUCAGAUUUCCAAGGUUACUGUAAGUAACAAUAACAACUCAGAUUCUGAUAUCCUGUGUGAUCUUAGAGCUAGAUCGAUGAAUCCAAACUGUGUAGAUGACCCUGAAUUCGAGGCAAGGCUUGACAUGAACAAUAAUUCUCAAAACUUGGAUGCAAAUUUCAUGCCUGAUAAUGAGAAAGUACAACAGGAUGAAGUUUUUACAGCAGAUCAAAAGGUUUCCAAUAUCCUAUGUGAUAAUCUUAGAAUUAGAUCAUUAGAAUCUAUAGAUAUUUCUAAAGUCAAACCUUGUCUUGACAUGAACAAUAAUUCUCAAGAUUGGGAUGAGAACUUGACACCUGAUAAUGAGAUAGCACAACAGGAUGAAGUUUUUACAGCAGAUCAAAAGAUUUAUUAUAUGCAGUGUGAUAAUCUAGUGUUCAAUGAAUACUGUGAAGAUAAUGCAGAUGCUUGGCUUGACAUGAACAAUAAUUCUCAAGACUGGGAUAAGAACUUGACACAUGAUAAUGAGAAAGUACAACAGGAUGAAGUCUUCACACCAGAUCAAAAUAAGAAAAAUGUGAUAGAGCAGAGUGACUCUCAAAAUGAUGCACUGCUAGACCCUGAUUACAGUUUACCCCCUGCAAUUUUUAUGGCCACCACUGCACAAAGCCAUUGUCCAAUUAAAUCAAACCCCUUAACACCUGGGGUAGAAAGCAAUAACAUAAGCAAAGAGACCAUAAAUCUAGACUCAGUAAAUGGAAAUAACCAUUCAGUCGUUUCUGAGUACCUCAAUAAUGUUAGAAAAACUUGCUGUGAAGUAUUGACAUGUCCAGUCAUUAACUGUGGCAUGACAUUCAUAGAUGAAACCUUGUAUAGGUAUCAUUUGUCUACCCUGGAACAUUCUCAGUGCAAUCCUACGAAAACACUGGUUAAUGGAACAUUGCCAUUGCUUGCUAAUUUUCUAUGUCCAUCAUGUGGUCUCACAUUUGCGGAGGAGUCCUCUUGUAUAGAUCACAUGUUGACUCAAGACCAUUUGCCACUGCUGCCUCCUGUAUCUUUCUUUGUCUAUACCUGUCCCCAGUGCUUGUCUUUUUUCCCAAGCUUCCUUUCAGCUGCUCAGCAUAUGGAGAGUUCCAAUCACUACAUCACAUCAUUUUCUUUUGUUGAUGAUCAGAAGAGUUGCCACCUGUCUUCACCAAUCCCUGUUCCUUACAGGGUUAUGGAGGAGUUCAAAUCCAGGUGUCAGAAAGUUGGUUGUGAUUUGCUUUGUGAAGACUGUGGGCUGAAGCUCCUCUCUCCUCUCCAACUCAACUCUCACCUCAAGGAAGCACACAGAGUUGUCUCCAAGUGUCACCAAACAUCUAUUGACGUUUUCAAUUCCUUCCUCACGCACCUUGCUUGUGCUGAAUGUAGACAGUUUAUCUAUUCAAAAACAUCUCAGUCACAGCUGUGUAUUCACACAGAUUGCCCCCUCCAAGGUCCUGUGCUAUCUCUUAAAGCAAAAAGUCUCAGAGAGUUUAUAUUACGAUGUGGCAUAACAGACUGCAAUGUUGCUACAGAAAACGACUUAGAGCUUAAAACCACAGUUGGGCCGUCGAUCUCUGAGCCAUCUCUCUCAGACUCUUGCCAGUCUAAACUAUACCAGAAGAAAAUAUCUAUGUUCAGAAAGAAGCUAAAUUCAAACAAAGUUAAAAUAGAUAAAGCUGUGGCAGUCUUUUGUAAUGAAGUCAGCGACCUUUCAAGUAGUAGCGAAAAUGAUUUGGUGAACAAAGCACCCGAGUCAACGAAUCAGUUUGAGGCUUCUUGUUCUUAUGAUUACAAUGAGACCAAUACAUCUCAUAGAUUGAAGAAGCAAGGGAGAAGUAACACAAAAAGAAAUGAAGAACAAGAAGAUGGUAGUCCAAGUCAGAAUCACAGUUCUGGUCACUCCGUUGAAAAACGUUUGCCUGGGAAGAGAGGCACAUCUUUGAAAAGAAAACAUAACUUAUCUCUGUCACCUGAUCAGAAGAAGAAAAGAAAACUAUCUCAGAUUAAAGAUUUUAACAUUGAAAGUUCUGAUGAAGGGGCAGCUGUUAAAACGGAUGUUUUUCUCCAGUUGUCUUCAAGUCCUUCUUCUUCCACUAAGGAUGGAGGCUAUUUGUCUGAAGAAAUACAUUUACCAAGUGAGUGCAAUUCCUAUGCAGUUGAUGGAAACCAUUUGACACAAGGGGAAUCUGUCAGUCAUGAAUCUUUUGGAUUAUGGAAUUUAUGUUCAUUUGCCUUUGAUACAAGCAGCUCAAGACAAGGUCCCAUUGUGACUGAGUCAUCUGAUCUUGCACAAAAUAAUGAUAAUCUCCCCUCUAAUCAUGAAAAUAGUGAACUUAGUCAAGCAGUACAACUUGAGAUAUUAAAAGGCAUUCAGAAUUUUAGAAAAUGUCCUUGUAAAAGGAAUAAAACUAAUAAAGGCAAGGGUAAAGGUCGCAAACACACUAAUGACUACAAGACACCUUAUAAAAGCUCAUGUAAUUAUUGUUACUUCAAAUUGUAUCAUUCAACAAUCAUUAAGAAUAAAGACAUUAAACAAACAGCCAUACAGCCGCAGCAAUCUUGUGCUGAAACUCUGAGAUCAACAGCGCUGGUGGAUCCUUCACUUCGCCUAUGCCUAGAUGGCCCCUUCACUUUCGAUAUUCCCUCUACAUCGGAAGAAUUUUUGGAGUCUGCAGGCCUCAGCAAAAUUAUGUCACCCCAGAUGGACCAUUUGGCUCAAAUGGACAGAAUUAUUUUUGCUGAUCUUGAAAAUUUUAUGAUUUUUGACCUAAUUAUAGAACCUUUAUUGCCAGCUUCUUUUGUUUGGGGCUUCAUUAGCAGCAGACCAGGUACCCCUUACCAUAUGGAAACUUUCUUUGCCAAUAGGUAUCCCCUCUACUGUGCUCUCAAAUGUGAAAACCGUGUACAUGUAUCCAUUGAUAUUGGCACAUCCAAAGAUGCUGCAGACUUUGCAAUGUGCUUAACUAUUGCUAAAGUAGAUGACAGACUGCCAACCUCUAUCCCCUUCUUUAUUGUGUCCAGAGAUAAAGGAUUUAAGGAAGUGGAAAAUCAAAUGAAACAUUCAGACAGAAAGGUUGUACUUUUAACACCCAAGGGUUAUUUAAGUGCUCAAGAUUUCUAUAUUUAGAGGGAGACAGUUUCUCAAAAUAGAAUGUUCUAGGUGUUGAAUUAUAAAAGUUUAAACUUAAAAGAAUCAGAUCUGCAAUAUGUCUGAUUAGACUGUUUAUUAUAUAGGUUAGGGUUAUGAAAAAAACACUCACUUUUCCAUGUUGUUAAAUUUAUAAAUAUUUCCAACGAACUAAAAGAAUCAUGGGAUACCAACGCUUUUAUAUAGUGAACUGACACCUUUUUUUUUAAAUUCAUAUAUUAUUGAUUUAUACAAACCGGAUGUCCAUCUUGAAAUUGCAACAAAAAAGUUUGUUUUGUUUACUUUAUUUUAGGAUUUCCAUUUCUUACACAAUUUUUUUUAAAUGUUUUACGUUACUAUCAAUUUUACACUUUACACUAAAACAUUUUUUUACAUUGAUAUCCUUUUUUUUUUCAUCACUUCUCAAUUUGACAUUUCACUAAAUACAUCACCUUGGUAGAAAGUUUGUAUACAUGUGUACAUUAUAGUUUAGGAGUUACAGCUUGGGACAAAUGAAUGUUUGCGGUAUAUUUAGCCUACUUACAAUACCAAUGUCAUAAUAAUGUGAUAUAAAUACACUUUAAAAAUGUUGACUCUAAAUUAAAUAACCACACUGUCAUUUACAUUCAACACCACUUUUUCUUUGUUCAUUUUUUAUGAAUUACAGGAUUCAUCUGCUGUAUCUAUGAUUUCAUAAGAAAUAAUUUAAAAUUAUAUUUGAAAACUCUUUAAUAGGAAUCUAGAAUCUUCACCACCCCCACUCCCCUUUUCCCAGCAUAUUUUUCUAUCAUAGAGUCAUAUUUUCACUGUCAAAUUGAGACUUGAUCAUUUUGGGAUUCAGUUUUCAUGAACUGUAUACAUAUAAUUCUUAUACAUAUGAAAACCUGUUUAUCUACCCAAUAUUAAGCUCAAUAAAACCCCUAAUUAAA